GGAAGGAAAGAAGGGAGAACUCACGGGAGGGACUUAAUUUACCAACUGUGCAUGAGGAGAGACAGGGGAAAUGAUCUCGCAAGUUCUUCUCUUGCACCCCGAGAAUGCAACGUGGCCAGGAUGACUCUUUCCUCCUCCUGAAGGGAAGAGCAAGGCCUGGGAGCGAGGGGAAACCCAUCUUCUAAAAUUGGAGCCUCAGCUGAGUGCAACAAGGAAAUCCCCUCAUUGUUCCUAAGGAGAAACUGAGCUACGGAAAGUAUGUUGGGGGCUAUUCUUAGGCUCUGCCGCACAAAGCACGGAGUGGGAUUACUCACGUCCUCCCUUUCUCUGAGAGGAACACCCAGUUCGUCACCCAGAGGCAGGAAACUGACUCUCUAACCAGAAGAAGCCCCAGAAGGUCCCAUGACUUAGGAGGAGACAUUAUCCAAAGAAACUGCAGACCGAUUGAUGGGGUGGGAAGCAAGGCAACUUUUAGAUUCAGCAGAUUGUAUCAAAAUAUUUAAGAAGUAAGAAGACCCAGGCAGCUUGGAGAGACAGGCAUCUGGUUCAUUUAAUGUGAUUUGCUAUGCCAGGAACUACCAACCUCAGUGUCCAUGCCCCUUCCACCUCCUUCUUCCUCCUGGGGUUUCUAGGACUGGAAAAUGUCCAGACCUGGCUCUCCAUUCCCUUCUGCUUCAUCUACACCUUGGCUCUCUUGGGCAAUGCCACCCUGCUCUGGGUCAUCUGGACAGAAUCCAGCCUGCACCAGCCCAUGUAUCUCUUCCUCUCCAUCCUGGCACUCACCGACAUGGCCAUGCCCACCUGUAUCCUGCCCAAGAUGGUGGGUAUCUUCUGGGCCAAUGCCCAAGAGAUCACCUUCGCUGCCUGCCUGGUGCAGAUGUUCAUGGUCCAUGCCAUCUCUGCUGUGGAAUCUGGGACGCUCACCGCCAUGGCCUAUGACCGAUACGUGGCCAUCUGCGACCCGCUCAGCUACACAACUCUGCUGACCCCAAAGACGGUGGUCAAAUUUGGAGCAGCCAUUGUUAUCCGGGCCUUUGUAAUCGUCUUGCCCAUUCCUUUACUUUUGCUGAGGUUGAGAUUUUGUCACUCCCGAAAUAUCUCUCAUACUUAUUGUGAGCACAUGGCUCUAGUAAAACUAGCGUGUGGGAACACCACUCCCAACAACCUCUAUGGGCUGAUUGUGUCCCUCCUCAUUACCGGUGGAGACCUGACCUUCAUCUUCAUCUCCUAUGGACUGAUCCUACGGACCGUGUUCCACCUGCCUUCCUUGGAGGCUCGGCACAAAGCCCUGGGCACUUGUGGGGCCCACGUGGGAGUCAUCGUCAUUCUGUACACCCCUGGACUCUUCUCCUUUCUUUCUCACCGCUUUGGGCAUAACAUCCCCCACACUGUCCACAUCGUCCUGGCUAACGUCUACUUGCUGGUCCCUUCCAUGCUCAACCCCAUGGUUUAUGGUGCCAAGACCAAGGAGAUCCGUAUGCGGGUGUUGAUGGCUAUGGGGAUGCAAAGUAGGAAAAUUUAGGUCCGAGGCAGAGUCCAAGCCAACUCAUAGUAGUGCUGUGUGAAAUUAACAAUCUUUGUGUGUUUAGAUCUUUCUGUUCAAUGUGGAUGCAAAUAAAUUUAUUUCUCCCAAAAUAUUUUGAAGGAAUAUUGUCUACUGUUCUAUAUUCGGACAAUCUCUUAAUAGGUAGUGGUUUAAUUAGGCUGUUGUAGGAGAUGACCAGGCUGAACCCGAGGGAAGGAAGGGUCAAGUGUGUCGUAAGUUUGGAGUCCUUUUGAGCCCGCAAGAGAUCCAGCCCACCUAGAAUUCCAUUGACUUAUAUCCACUGCCUAUUUGCUUUGACUGUUAGUAGUUCAGAUUCUUGUAGAUCCCACCAUACAUUAAACUUGUAUUCAUUUCUUCUUAUAAAGAAAAUUUAUACAAAAUCUUUUAUAGAUGGCAUUUACCACCUGCUAGAGUAGCUAAAAAGUUUUAAAAUGUCUAGCAAAUGUUGGAAAUUUAAUCAAAAGAGAGGCACAUAUGUGGUGGACUUGUGCUAAAACAAAAACAUUUGGGACAAAAAUACAUAGAUGGCUAGAAAAGAUAAUAGGAAACAUGUACAUUUUAAACCUGAACUGUUUUUAUUAGGGAUGAUAUCAGAAAAAUUUGAUAAGAAAAGUAUGUAUUUAGUAUUGCAUGUUUUAACAGCAGCGAGGAUUCUCUUCACACAAUAUUGGAAAGGUGAAGAAACACUCCAAGAUGAAGAGAUAAUUAAGAAGAUAUUAGACUGUGCAGAAAUGGACAGACUUACAUUGAAAAUCAAGCAGAAAGAAGACCCAGAAUAUUAUCAAACUUGGAACUUAUUUUACCAGUGGUUGGAAAAAAGGGGGCAAGAGUAAGAAGGGAAUUUGAAUUGUUAAGCAAAUUAAAUAUCCAAGCAACACGAUGCUUGUUAGGCACUAAGGAAUGUAAUUAAUAGAAAAUUAAUAAAAUUUAUUUUUAAAAAAACUUGUAUUCAUUUGAACUGCCUGCUCUCCUGAUUUCUUGCGCCUGACAGUCACGGACUGAUCCCUGGAGCCUCUGUUCCUCAUACAAAUA